CGCCACCAGAGGGAUUCCCCGUGCGCAUGCUCGCAGCUUUAGCAGUAUCAGUAUAUUGUAGUAUAUAUGUGCUUAGUAAAGGCUUGUUGUCACGUAAUGACAUCUGAUUGUGUUUCUUGUAUGCAUCUUGCAUGUUAGUGCACGUUGGAGCAAACCAUUUGCCGUCCAUGUAUUUCAGAAAGAAGUUGUAGCUAACGUUGAACUAUUGGCGUGUCGCUGGAGGAAACUGACUAUGUCGGCAAAUAAAACAAAGAAAGUCAAAAUGGCUACUAAAUCGUGUCCUGAGUGCGACCAACAGAUUCCAGUUGCAUGCAAGUCCUGCCCAUGCGGUUAUGUGUUUAUUAGCAGAAAACUCCUAAAUGCGAAGUUAAAUGAGCGCUCUCCAGCCAUUGCAGACAAGCUGGACUUUAAGCGGAGGAGGACAGAGCGUAUUCGCAGAGAGAGGAUUGACUCUCCUUUAACCAGUGAUAUGGAGAACAGGCGAAGAUCCCGAGCCAACAGCCAGUCAGAUCCUAUCCGGAGGGGACGGGGCAGACCAAAAUCAGUGGGGCUGAGGAAACAGGAAGAGGAGAAAGAGAAACAAGAGAAGGAAGUGGAUAUAUAUGCCAGUCUUUCUGAUGAGAAGGCCUUUGUGUUUUCUGUGGCCUUGGCUGAGAUCAACCGCAAGAUCCUGGGUCAAAAACUUAUCUUAUAGAUUAAAGCCUGAAUAACUGAGAACACCAGCAUAAAGGACAUAUCAUAGGAAAACGAUCAAAGAGGAUGACCAAAGAGGGCAGAACUGGCUGGAGCAAAAAUUUGACUUGGAUGUGCUUCACUUGGAUGAUGAUCAAAACAAAGAUUUUUCUCAAAAGGAUUAAAAAUGUAUUGUCAUCAAUUAGUGCUAUGUACAGUAUACAUAUGUACAUACAUAUGUAUUUAUUAGAUACGUUUAUAGACAUUGUCCAUCUGGCUAACCUUGUUUGAAAUGCAGAUGAAAUAAAGUAACAAGAAUAUUAUUUCAUCACUCUGUUAAAUAUAACAUCGUUAACAGGUUAACUGAUGUUCUGUUCUGUUUUUAAAGUAUCACUUUCCACUUGUUACCAGAGGGUUUCUUUUGCUUCAUAAUUAAAAAAAACUGUUAAAAUAAGGUUUUGUUACUGAUUAAACAAGUACCUGGACUGUG